AUGGUUAGCAAACAUCAGGACUUGGGCACGACAAAAGAAACCAGCGAAUCCAUCAAAAGGAGUGACAAACCAGAAUCGUCGAACUCCAUAAACGAAAGAAGGAGAAAAGCAAUGGUCGUAAAUGAAACGACCGAAAAUAAUGAAUCCGAAAGCAGUUCCUCAAGCUCAAGCUCGGAUGAUGACAGUGCUGAAGAAGAAAAGGGACUGCUGUGUUUGUUCAGCGUGGAAGAAGAAUCAAGUGAAAUGUGUCUUAUGGCACAAGAUGAAGAGGUAGACUCUCAAUCCUCUUCCUUUCUUUCGUUAGAAAUGAACUCAUCAAAUGAUCAAAACUCCAAUGAAUCUGUCAGUGAUAUGAUGAGGAGAUUUGCUAUCAUAAAUAGCACAUACUCAGAAUUGAAAGAGGAGAACUCUCGAUUAUUGAUCAGCCACAAUGAGCUAAGGCGAGUUCGAAUAGAGAACAUAAAGCUAGUCAUUGUAAAGGAUCAGCUCGAAAAACAAGUUCUAUCUCUCAAAGAGUAG